UCCCGAAGCGGCGGGUGCAGGGGAUGCUGCGACUCGUGGGGCACCGCGCCUCCCUAGGCCUGGCCGCCGCGGCCCGCGCCCCCGCCGCUCCGCGCGCCCCGGGCCCGCGCCUCCGCCUCCGCGCCGCCACCAUGGAGCGCCCCGCCGCGGGAGAAAUAGAUUCCAAUAAGCGUGAACAUAUAUCAAGAGAAGAAGAAGGGGCAGGGGAACUGGAAUUCAGCCCUGUGGGUUCUCUGGCAGACAUGCCGUUUGCUGUUGUAGAUAUUCAAGAUGACUGUGGAAUCCCUGAUGCACCUCAAGGAAAUCCAAAGAGAAGCAAAGAAAGUAGAGGCGACAGGAACGAUCACGUGAAGAAGAGGAAAAAGGCCAAAAAAGAUUAUCAGCCCAACUAUUUCCUGUCCAUUCCAAUCACCAACAAAAAGAUUACAGCUGGAAUCAAAGUCUUGCAAAAUUCGAUACUACAACAGGAUAAGCAACUGAGCAAAGCCAUGGUCGGCGACGGCUCCUUUCAUAUUACCUUGCUAGUGAUGCAGUUAUUAAAUGAAGAUGACGUAAGCACCGGUACCGAUGCGCUUUUGGAACUGAAGCCAUUCGUUGAGGAGAUCCUUGAAGGGAAACACUUGACUUUGCCCUUCCAAGGGAUUGGCACUUUCCAGGGUCAGGUUGGCUUCGUGAAGCUGGCAGACGGAGACCAUGUCGGCACGCUCUUGGAGAUAGCAGAGACCGCGAAAAGAACAUUUCAGGAACGAGGCAUCCUGGCUGGAGAAAACAGAACUUUCAAGCCUCACCUGACCUUUAUGAAGCUGUCCAAAGCGCCAAUGCUCAGGAAGAAGGGAGUGAGAAAAAUAGAGCCUGGAUUGUAUGAAGAAUUUAUCGAUCACAGAUUUGGAGAGGAAAUUCUGUACCAGAUAGAUCUCUGCUCCAUGCUGAAGAAGAAACAGAGCAAUGGCUAUUACCACUGCGAGUCUUCCAUCGUGAUCGGCAAGAAACCAGUUGGAACCCAAGACUUAAUUGACGAAGCUUUGCACCGAGAAAGGAUGGAGCUGAAAUCCAAAGUGAAACAGAUCAAAGAACUUUUGUUAAAGCCAGAGACUCAGGCCAAGAUUAGAAAGGAGCUUUUUGAAGGAAGAGUUUUUAAUAAUGGUAAUCCAACAAGAGAUGCUGAUUUCGGCCUGAUUUUGCCAUAGCUCCCCACUGCGGUUAUGCGUGGCAAAAUGCUUAUGAACUCUCAGCCCACUAAAUAGCUCUUUGGCGAGUAACCAGAGUGUGCUUACGGUUUCUACAAAGCCCACAAACCAACAUUUGGUAAGGAGUUAACAACUUCUUGCCAAAGAAAACAUAUUUUUGCCUUACCAUGGUCAUCAUCAUCCUCAUCACCACCACCACCACCACCAUCAUCAUCAUCAUUGUCAUCACCAUAAAGUUGAGUUUUAGCAUGUUCAUUUUGGUAUCUUUGACUCAUUUUAUAGAAAUAACUUCUUAAUUAGCUGUUGUAAGAUAUUCCAUGGGUCCUUGCAGAUAAUAUUGCAUACACACACACACACUAUGAAAAACACUUAUGAAAAAUCCUUUAUAGACAAAAAAAUUAAAACUGACAACAGUAUUCUAAGGGUCUGUCACCUGCCUCCUGUUGAUGUGGCUUGUUACUUCAGAGGAAGCAUUGUCCGGGCUCAUCCAGUCCCACAGUCCUGUUGCUGAGAGUUUGAAUGCUUAUCGAUAUCAGUACUUGAACGAACAUUAGUAAGCGUAAUCAUUGUAGUCAUGGGUUAGGAAUGUUUCUGUUUUGUUUUCAUUUUUUAUUAGACAUGUUCUUUAUUUACAUUUCAAAAGAAUGUUUUUUUAUAAUAUCCAUAUUAUUUUUCACUGAUGCAAGUACAGUUUUAAUUAUUUUUUUUUUUAUUUCUUAGUGAAGAACGUUCAGGGUUAUUUCCUACUCUCUGAAGAGAAGCCCAAGGCUGUGUUCUUCAGGAUCUGAGUAGUUUGCACUGGGUCAUUUGUAAAUGAGCAUUUCGAGGUGUUUAUUUGUAACAGCUCUUUGGUAGUUACUUUAAAAUUGCUGCUACUAAUAGAUGACGGGGAAGGCAGUGAUUAGAGAUUAAAUAUGUAAUCAUCUCAUACGCAGGCCAGUGUGCUCGUGGAUUUUGGCUAUUUUUUCACUGGGUAAACGGUACUACAUUAAUUCACGAUGUAUUCCUUUCUGUGUUCCUACAUUUUCAUGCCCCGUAAUAAAGGUUCUCUUCCCCUGCU